CGUGCGCAUAUAAAAGCGUCAGACGCCAUGACGCCGUUCUCUUUCAGGUCGGAGGGGACACAAAAUGUCGCACCGUAAAUUUUCAGCUCCCCGACAUGGCUCUUUGGGCUUCUUGCCCCGCAAGAGGAGUAGGCGUCAUCGUGGAAAGGUCAAGAGCUUCCCAAAGGAUGACCCCAGCAAACCCAUUCACCUGACUGCCUUUUUGGGUUACAAAGCAGGAAUGACACACGUUGUGCGUGAAGUCGACAGGCCUGGCUCAAAGGUGAAUAAAAAGGAGGUGGUUGAAGCAGUGACAGUUGUAGAGACUCCUCCCAUGGUGAUUGUGGGACUAACAGCAUAUGUGGAAACCCCUCGUGGUCUACGCAGUUUCAAGACCAUCUUUGCUGAGCACAUCAGUGAUGAGUGCAAGCGUCGCUUUUACAAGAACUGGUACAAGUCCAAGAAGAAGGCUUUCACCAAGUAUUGCAAAAAGUGGCAGGAUGAGGAGGGCAAGAAGCAGCUGGAGAAGGACUUUGCCUCCAUUAAGAAGUAUUGCCAGGUCAUCAGGGUUAUUGCCCACACACAGAUGCGCCUGUUGCCACUCCGCCAAAAGAAAUCACAUCUGAUGGAGAUUCAAGUAAAUGGUGGCACCAUAGCUGAAAAGGUGGACUGGGCCCGUGAGAAGCUAGAGCAGUCUGUGGCUAUCUCUACUGUCUUUGGGCAAGAUGAGAUGAUUGAUGUUAUUGGGGUCACCAAGGGCAAAGGAUACAAAGGUGUCACUAGCCGUUGGCACACCAAGAAGCUGCCCCGUAAGACUCACAGAGGCUUGAGGAAAGUGGCUUGCAUAGGAGCCUGGCAUCCUGCUCGUGUGGCUUUCUCAGUGGCCCGUGCCGGUCAGAAGGGAUACCACCACCGCACAGAGAUCAACAAGAAGAUUUACAAAAUUGGCGCAGGGUAUCAUACCAAGGAUGGAAAACUGGUGAAGAAUAAUGCCUCCACUGAAUAUGAUCUUUCAAACAAAAGCAUCAACCCAUUGGGUGGCUUUGUGCAUUAUGGUGAGGUGAAGAAUGACUUUGUCAUGCUGAAGGGCUGUGUUGUUGGUACCAAGAAAAGGGUGCUGACUCUGCGCAAGUCUUUACUGGUGCAGACAAGCCGUCGUGCAAUGGAGAAGAUUGACCUGAAAUUCAUUGAUACCACCUCCAAGUUUGGACAUGGUCGCUUCCAGACUAUCGAAGAAAAGAAAGCAUUCAUGGGACCACUCAAGAAAGACCGUAUUGCCAAAGAGGAGACUGCUUAGAGCCGAUGAUUGGCUGGAGUGGUGUUGGAUUUUUCUGUCUUCUGCUACUCGGAAUUUAACAAUAAAAAUGCUCCAAAACAAA